AUGGAGAAAGACGCACCAGGGAUUCUAGGGGGAGAGAAACUGGUGAUUGGGAUUGAUGAUGAACUUUUUAAUCCUGACUAUGUUGAAGUUGAUCGGAUACUGGAUGUAUCAAAUAGCAAGGAUGAUAAUGGAGAGCCUGUGACUCAUUAUUUGGUGAAAUGGUGUUCACUUCCAUACGAAGACAGCACGUGGGAAUUAAAGCAAGACAUAGACCAGGCUAAGAUUGAAGAAUUUGAAAAACUAAUGUCUAGGGAGCCAGAAACAGAACGUGUGGAACGACCUCCUGCUGAUGACUGGAAGAAGUCUGAGAGUUCCAGGGAAUAUAAAAAUAACAACAAACUCAGGGAAUACCAGUUGGAAGGAGUUAACUGGCUUCUUUUCAAUUGGUACAACACGCGAAACUGCAUUUUAGCAGAUGAAAUGGGACUGGGGAAAACCAUUCAAUCUAUUACAUUUCUCUAUGAGAUAUAUUUGAAAGGCAUCCAUGGUCCUUUUUUGGUUAUUGCCCCAUUGUCUACAAUCCCCAAUUGGGAAAGGGAAUUCCGCACCUGGACAGAAUUAAAUGUUGUUGUAUAUCAUGGGAGCCAAGCCAGCCGACGGACCAUUCAGUCAUAUGAAAUGUAUUUCAAGGACCCUCAGGGUCGUGUGAUUAAGGGGUCAUACAGAUUUCAUGCCAUCAUCACUACAUUUGAAAUGAUUUUGACCGAUUGUCCUGAGCUCCGUAACAUUCCAUGGCGCUGUGUGAUAAUUGAUGAAGCCCACAGGUUGAAGAACAGAAAUUGCAAGCUAUUGGAAGGGCUCAAGAUGAUGGACCUGGAACACAAGGUGCUUCUUACAGGUACUCCACUUCAAAACACUGUGGAAGAGCUGUUUAGCUUGCUUCAUUUCUUGGAACCAGGUCGUUUUCCUUCAGAAACCACUUUUAUGCAAGAGUUUGGUGAUCUUAAAACUGAGGAACAGGUGCAAAAACUACAAGCUAUUCUUAAGCCAAUGAUGUUAAGACGUCUUAAAGAAGAUGUGGAAAAGAACCUGGCCCCCAAGGAAGAAACUAUUAUUGAAGUUGAGUUGACAAACAUUCAGAAGAAAUACUACAGAGCCAUUCUUGAAAAGAACUUUACAUUUCUGUCAAAAGGUGGUGGUCAAGCAAAUGUUCCUAAUCUCUUAAACACUAUGAUGGAAUUAAGAAAAUGCUGCAAUCAUCCAUACCUUAUCAAUGGUGCUGAAGAGAAAAUUUUGGAAGAGUUUAAAGAAACACACAAUCCCGACUCUCCAGAUUUUCAGCUCCAGGCAAUGAUCCAGGCUGCUGGCAAGCUAGUGCUGAUUGACAAGUUGCUGCCAAAACUGAAGGCUGGUGGCCACAGGGUGCUUAUCUUUUCCCAGAUGGUGCGCUGCUUGGACAUACUGGAAGACUACCUAAUUCAAAGACGGUAUCCCUAUGAACGUAUUGAUGGCAGAGUAAGAGGAAACCUUCGUCAGGCAGCUAUUGAUAGGUUUUCCAGACCUGAUUCUGACAGAUUUGUGUUCCUGCUAUGUACAAGAGCAGGUGGUUUAGGAAUUAAUCUUACUGCUGCAGAUACCUGCAUCAUCUUUGAUUCUGAUUGGAACCCUCAAAAUGAUCUCCAGGCUCAGGCUCGAUGUCACAGGAUAGGACAGAGUAAGUCUGUGAAGAUCUACAGGUUAAUAACAAGGAAUUCUUAUGAAAGGGAAAUGUUUGACAAAGCAAGCUUAAAACUUGGCCUUGAUAAAGCUGUGCUUCAGUCCAUGAGUGGAAGAGAGAAUGCAACAAAUGGGGUACAGCAGCUUUCUAAAAAAGAAAUAGAGGAUCUUUUGCGGAAAGGGGCUUAUGGUGCUCUUAUGGAUGAAGAGGAUGAAGGGUCUAAAUUCUGUGAGGAGGAUAUAGAUCAGAUUCUUUUGAGGCGCACACACACAAUCACUAUUGAGUCUGAGGGGAAAGGCUCUACGUUUGCAAAGGCUAGUUUUGUUGCAUCUGGUAACAGGACAGACAUUUCUUUAGAUGACCCUAACUUCUGGCAGAAGUGGGCAAAAAAAGCUGAAUUGGAUAUUGAUGCCUUAAAUGGACGGAACAACCUGGUUAUUGAUACACCAAGAGUAAGAAAGCAAACUAGACUAUACAGCGCAGUCAAAGAAGAUGAACUGAUGGAAUUUUCAGAUCUGGAAAGUGAUUCAGAAGAAAAGCCUAGUAUAAAACCUCGUAGACCACAGGACAAAUCCCAAGGUUAUGCAAGGAGUGAAUGCUUUAGAGUAGAAAAGAAUCUAUUGGUUUAUGGCUGGGGACGCUGGACUGAUAUUCUCUUGCAUGGGCGCUACAAACGCCAGCUAACAGAACAAGAUGUAGAAACCAUCUGCCGGACUAUCCUUGUGUAUUGUCUUAAUCAUUACAAAGGUGAUGAAAAUAUCAAAAGUUUCAUCUGGGAUCUGAUCACUCCAACUGCAGAUGGACAAACACGAGCUUUGGUUAACCAUUCUGGCUUGUCUGCUCCAGUACCCAGAGGAAGAAAAGGUAAAAAAGUGAAAGCUCAGAGUUCACAACCAGUACUACAAAAUGCUGACUGGCUAGCGAGCUGUAACCCAGAUGCCUUGUUUCAAGAGGAUAGCUAUAAGAAGCACCUUAAGCACCAUUGUAACAAGGUCCUGCUGCGUGUCCGCAUGCUGUACUAUCUGAAGCAAGAAGUUAUAGGGGACCAAGCUGACAAGAUCUUAGAGGGUGCUGAUUCAAGUGAUGUGGAUAUCUGGAUUCCUGAACCAUUUCAUGCUGAAGUUCCUACAGACUGGUGGGAUAAAGAAGCAGAUAAAUCCCUUUUAAUUGGCGUGUUCAAACAUGGCUAUGAGAAGUACAAUUCGAUGAGAGCAGACUCUACUCUGUGUUUUCUGGAACGCGUUGGUAUGCCUGAUGCCAAGGCCAUAGCUGCUGAACAGAGAGGGACAGAUAUGUUAACAGAUGGUGGUGAUGGAGGUGAUUUUGAUAGAGAGGAUGAAGAUCCAGAAUAUAAACCAACGAGGACUCCAUUCAAGGAUGAAAUUGAUGAAUUUGCAAACUCGCCUUCUGACAAAGAGGAAUCCAUAGAGCUCCACACAAGCAAGCACAAUGAAAGCAAUGCUGAUUUUGGCCAACUCUACUGGCCUAACACUUCAACCUUGACUACCCGCUUGCGCCGCCUCAUUACUGCCUAUCAGCGUAGCUAUAAAAGGCAACAAAUGAGGCAAGAGGCACUAAUGAAGACUGACCGGCGUCGACGGCGACCUCGUGAAGAAGUGAGAGCAUUAGAAGCUGAAAGAGAAGCUAUAAUAACAGAAAAACGUCAAAAAUGGACAAGACGAGAAGAAGCAGAUUUUUAUCGUGUUGUUUCUACUUUUGGGGUUAUUUUUGAUCAUUUAAAGCAGCAAUUUGAUUGGAACCAGUUUAGAGCCUUUGCCAGGCUUGAUAAGAAGUCUGAUGAAAGUUUGGAGAAGUACUUCAGCUGUUUUGUUGCUAUGUGCAGGCGAGUCUGCCGAAUGCCCGCCAAGCCAGAUGAAGAACCCCCUGAUCUUUCAACUGUGAUUGAGCCAAUCACUGAAGAGCGCGCUUCUAGAACUUUGUAUCGCAUAGAGCUCCUGAGGAAAGUCCGAGAGCAGGUUCUUCAUCACCCACAACUGGCGGAAAGGCUAAAACUGUGCCAGCCAAGCUUGGAUCUGCCAGAAUGGUGGGAAUGUGGCAAACAUGACAAAGAUUUGUUGAUUGGUGCUGCUAAACAUGGAGUCAGCAGGACCGAUUAUCACAUCUUGAAUGACCCUGAGCUCUCCUUUCUUGAUUCUCACAAAAACUUCGCUCAAAGCAGGGGUGGAGGUAGUCUGAAUACUGUGUCCUUGUUAAAUCCACUGAGUGUUUGCUGUAGUCAGGUGUCGUCCAUCGUCCCAUCAACAACAGCACAAGAUGAAAAGUCUGUGGAACACGUUGAUGUUAAAUUGGAAGGACCUGAGAAAACAGCAGCCAAAGAGAAGUGUGAUGCUAAAGAAGAGGAAGCACCUGAUGUUGCAGUGAGGAAUGACAAGGAGGACUGUGAUGCUGAGCCUGAGCCUGGUCCUAUUAAAUGUGAAAUUAAAGACAUAGAAUUGAGUACAGAAGUAGAUCCAAAGUCUAUUUCUGAGAAAGGUUCAGAAGAUGAUGAAGAGGAAAAACUUGAUGAUGAUGAUAAAUCAGAAGAGUCAUCCCAACCUGAAGCAGAAACAAUUUCUCAGUGGAAGAAUUUUGAUGAAGAAAGCAAUGCAUCCCUGAGCACUGCAAGGGAUGAAACGCGUGAUGGAUUUUAUAUGGAAGACGGAGAUCCAUCAGUAGCUCAGCUGCUUCAGGAAAGAACAUUUGCUUUUUCUUUCUGGCCUAAGGAUCGAGUAAUGAUCAACCGAUUAGACAACAUCUGUGAAGCAGUGUUGAAAGGGAAGUGGCCAGUAAAUAGACGCCAGAUGUUUGAUUUCCAAGGGCUUAUACCUGGCUAUACGCCAACAGCUGUGGACAGCCCUCUGCAGAAAAGGAGCUUUGCAGAGCUCUCCAUGGUUGGGCAAGCGAACAUUAGUGGCAAUGAAGAUAUCACAGUCUCUCCUCAGUUAUCCAAGGAAGAUGCACUCAAUUUAUCAGUCCCACGCCAGCGGAGGAGGAGGAGAAGAAAGAUUGAAAUUGAGGCCGAAAGGGCAGCCAAGAGGAGAAAUCUCAUGGAAAUGGUUGCCCAUUUGCGAGAAUCGCAGGUUGUCUCAGAAAAUGGACAAGAAAAAAUUGUGGACUUAUCAAAGGCCUCACGAGAGGCAACAUGUUCUACCUCAACUUUUUCAGCUGUUCCUUCAAAGUUUCUGUUACCUAAUGUUUCCACACCAGUGUCUGAUGCCUUUAAAACUCAGAUGGAACUGCUACAAGCAGGUCUUUCACGCACACCCACAAGGCAUCUGCUAAAUGGGUCUCUAAUUGAUGUAGAACCACCUAUGAAAAGGAGGAGAGGAAGAAGGAAAAAUGUAGAAGGUCUCGAUCUGUUAUUUCUGAGCAACAAGCGAGCAUCAUUGGCAGCAGAGGAUGCAGAAAUGACCAAAGUGUUUGAUGAAGAAAUGGAAACCCCCCCACCAAGAAACAUUCCAUCUCCUGGGCAACUGGACCCUGACACUCGCAUCCCUGUCAUUAACAUAGAGGAUGGGACCAGGCUGGUGGGAGAGGAUGCUCCUAAAAACAAGGAUUUAGUUGAAUGGCUUAAACUGCAUCCUUCUUACACUGUUGAUAUGCCAAGUUAUGUACCAAAGAGUGCAGAUGUGCUGUUUUCCCCAUUUCAAAAACCGAAGCAGAAACGGCACAGAUGUCGAAACCCCAAUAAACUGGAUAUAAAUACAUUAACUGGAGAAGAGAGGGUACCUGUUGUAAAUAAGCGAAAUGGCAAGAAGAUGGGUGGAGCUAUGGCCCCUCCAAUGAAGGACCUGCCUAGAUGGCUGGAAGAAAAUCCAGAAUUUGCUGUUGCUCCAGAUUGGACUGACAUAGUUAAACAAUCUGGUUUUGUUCCAGAGUCCAUGUUUGACCGUCUUCUCACAGGACCUGUUGUGCGGGAGGAGGGAGCAAGCAGAAGAGGGAGAAGGCCAAAAAGCGAAAUUGCCAAAGCAGCUGCAGCAGCUGCUGCUGUAGCUUCAACUUCGGGAAUUAACCCACUGCUAAUGAACAGUCUGUUCGCUGGAAUGGAUCUCACGAGCCUUCAGAAUUUACAGAACCUACAGUCUCUCCAGCUUGCAGGUCUCAUGGGCUUUCCUCCAGGACUAGCGACAGCUGCUGCUGCUGCUGGAGGUGAUUCUAAAAAUCCAGCUGCCAUGCUGCCUCUGAUGUUGCCAGGUAUGGCAGGGUUGCCUAACAUGUUUGGACUAAGUGGAUUGUUGAAUAACCCAAUAACAGCUGCUUCUGGAAACACCACUAUGGCUUCCAGUCAAGGAGACACUGAAGAUGGCACUUCAAAAGUAGAAGAGAAGACGACUGAGAAUGAAGAGGAGAACAAAGACUCUGAGAAAAGCACAGACACUGUUUCUGCCACUGACUCUGCAAAUGGAUCUGUCAGUGCAACUGCUGCUGCGGCUGCUGCCACUACCACGACCAACACUGGAUUGCCUGCCAACCCUCUGACCUUCAAUCCUUUCCUUCUGUCCACCAUGGCUCCUGGCCUAUUCUAUCCAUCUAUGUUUCUACCUCCAGGACUGGGAGGAUUGACACUACCUGGUUUCCCAGCAUUAGCAGGACUUCAGAAUUCAGUGGGCUCCAGUGAAGUGAAGGUUACUGAUAAAACUGAAGGAGCUGCCUUUAAAGAGGAAGAAACUCUAGAAGGCAGUGAUGCAGAGGAGAGCCUUGAUAAAACUGCAAAUUCCUCCGCUCUAGAAGAUGAAAUAGCACAGGGUGAAGAAUUAGACUCACUUGAUGGGGGGGAAGAAAUAGAAAACAAUGAAAAUGAUGAGUAA